AUGAACACGACCGUGCGAUUCGCAGUUGGGCCUAAAGCUGUUGUUAACGAUGAGACAGUCCGCCGCUUCGGUCUUGUGUGGCUUCCUGGCUCAGGACAGGCUCCUGACAACGAGCUGUUGCGUCGGUUUGUCAACGCGUUGUUUGAAACAUUACCCUCAUCUGUUGGGAUAGAUGUACUCGGUGUUUCUUGCCACCAAGUCGAUGAUGCGAUCGCAACUUUAAGUGGCCUGGCGGUGGUCGUUGGAGGUCACAGUAUGGGAGGCACCAUUGCUCACACGUGCGGAAACAAGAAGGGAGUGUUGGUUACCCUUUCUAUAGGCGUUUCUCCAUCAUCUGUUCCUCAUUCCAUUCCUCACGCUGCACUUGUCAUAAUCGGCGAAAAUGAUCCCGCUUAUCGAGUCCAAAACCGAAUCGUGUUCAAGGAUGGUUCUCUCGGUUUUACUGCUGUGCAUCAACGCGAAUUAGAAAGUAAGCUCACCGUUGUGCUAGCAAAAGAUGGUGACCACUCCAUCCGUUGGUUUCCACGCUCGGCUAUCGAUAAAGAAGCAGCAUCCGUCACACCCGAGACUAAAGCAAUGAACCUAGAAGUAGCUCAUCAUGUGCAUUUGUUUUUUGCAUCCUUAGUUGAGCAUCUGGAGUAG